UGAUUUGAUCGAGGCAUCAGUAAGUCGUUACUCGCAUAACAAUGCGUCGACGCCCAUGCCGUAUAUGUACAGUGCUCAGCCACAGUUAAACGUUUUCAAAACAUAACUACCGUUCAUUGUUCACAUUUUAAAAUUCAUCACAAAACAAUCAAACAGUUGCCGAUAUUCAAAAACAUCAGCAAGGCAUACGGAGCUAGUACGGUGUAACGAUUCAAUUUUAUAGGAUUGUGUAAUCGAAAUAUGUUUUCAGUGUUGUGUUACAUUCUGUGAUUGUCAUCGAGUGCUGUGAUAAAUAUUAUAAUGUUGUUUUACAAAUCCUUGGUUACGUUUAAUAUAAUAUCACUAUCAUUAGCUGUGCAAUAUCCCGUGAAUCCUACUUCAGAUAUGUCUACCGAUGAAAAGAUUAUUGCAAGGAAUAAGACUGUUGAACAAUCAGAUGAAAGUGGUCAUGAAAUAGAAUUUGCGGGAGAAGAUGUAAAAGAGAAAAAAUAUUUAGAAGAUGCCAUGCAAACUGUCUUAGAUCCAGAUACAGUCAUAACUAAAAACGACGAUACUGUUGAACAUUUCAAAGUACAUAUGGAUGAAUUGGAGAAAGAAAACUUAACACUGGAAGCUUAUAUGAAUGAGAUGGACGAAUUGAGCCUAGAAGUUUGUAAAGCAUCGCAAGAAGCACUGUGGUCAUACGUAACUGAUAUUAAAAAUGAUAUGAAGAAAAAUAAAAUGAUACACAUAGCCGGUGAGGAGGACGAAAUCAAAAGGCAAUAUUGGAACACUAUAAAAAAUAAAUAUAUAGCUGAAGUUCAAAAUUCUAAUGAUUUGCGGCUGAAAAGAAAAUUAAGAAUAAUUAAGGAAAGGGGUACAAACGUACAGAUGCCGAAGAGCAAACAACGCGAAGAAAUAGAUGACAUGCAACGUAUUUGGAGUCGAGUUUCUUUAUGCGCAUUUGAUGAUCCUGGAUGUAAAAAAGAAGAUUCAGCAAAAAGUAUGAAUGAUGUAAUAUCUAUUUUCAAGACAAGUAAUAAUUAUGAAGAGUUAAAAUACUAUUGGAAAGUUUAUAGAGACGCAACAGGAAAAAAGGUUCGGCCCAUCUUCAAAGAUUACGUAAUGCGAAUGAAUAAAGUAGCUGAAUCAGAGAACUUUAAAGAUGCAGGAGAAAUGUGGCGAUAUAACUUUGAAGAUGAGGAUUUUGUGAAAACAGUAGAUAGAAUUUGGAAUGACGUCAAACCUUUAUAUGGUUUGAUUCAUAGCUAUGUUAAAACUAAAUUGAAAGCGGUGUACAAUCAAGAUCUUCAAGCAGACAGCAAUUUGAUUCCAGCCCACAUAUUAGGUAAUUUGUGGGCACAGGAAUGGCAAGCGAUUUAUAACUUAGUUGCUCCCUAUCCUGACAUACCACGUCGCGCUAUAAAUGGAAGUGACAUAGUAUACUCAAGAGAUUAUUUCGAAUUUGUGGACAAAUUUCAUCAAUCCCUUGGUUUUGAAAGUGCAAGCGAUUCCUUUCAAGAUAUAAGAGAAACACCAUCAACAGCAAACUGUUUGCCUUCAAGCCAUGAUAUGUGUGACGGAGUUAACUAUAAAAUAAAAUGGUGCGGAGAGAAUAUAACUGAUAUCAAUGUAGGGUUGUCACGUGCUGCAAGACUGCUGGGACAUGUACAAUAUUUCAAGCAUUACCGUGAUCUGCCUCCGCUAUUUAGGGAUGGCCCUAACCCAGCGUUCCAUGAUGCCAUCUCCGACAUCGCUGCUGUACAGCUCACAGCCCCUCAUCUUUUGAAGAACUUCGUGGAUGGAGUCUCGCAGGGAGAACAGGCAGCCUUGAACCAUCUCAUGUGGCUUGCGCUUGAAAAGUUUCCUUUAAUGGGAUACGCAUAUGUGCUGGACAAGUGGAGAUGGGACGUGUUCGGUAACAGCAGUAUGGUGGAUUGGAACCAACAUUGGUGGGAUCUAAGGAUAAAGGAGACGAUGAUAUCACCACCUGUAGCAAGAAACGAAAGUGACCUGGAUCCAGCCUCCAAGUACCACGUCGUGUCACAUGUCCAGUACAUAACUUACCUGAUAUCGCAUGUGUUAGAGUUCCAAAUCCUCCGAUCAUUAUGCAAAAAAGCGAGUUACACAGGACCUUUGCACGAGUGUUCUAUAUAUGGCGCGCAGGAAGCAGGAAAACUGCUCAGUGAUGGUAUGUCCCUUGGAGCGAGCGAAGACUGGAGAAUAGUUCUCCGAACAAUAACGGGCGAAACUGAACUUUCAACAGACGGAAUACUAGAAUAUUUUUCUCCGUUGAAAGAAUUUCUUCUACAAGAGAACACAAAACUCAAAAGCGAUGAAGAUAUGGACGCGAGUGCACCUAUAAUUGUCGGAAUAAUUGUAAUGAUCUUGAUCGUUUUAAUGUUCAUAAUGUAUUGUUUCAAAAAGCGUAACCAUCUUGAUAAGUUCUGUGCGAUGUGUGGUCUCAGGAAAAAUGGUUCUUUAGAUAUUGCUACACAUGACAUUUCGCAUGCUAAAACUAAUGAAGUUGAAGGAAUAAAAGAGGAUAAAGUAUGAGACUGUUAAAUGCACGAAAAUAUGCAAGAAUUGAUAGCAACUAGUAUUAUAGAUGUUAUAUAAAAUUACAUUUUGUAUUUUACUGUAAUUGUAAAAAUAGUUUACGAAAUAUUUUUAUAGCAUUGGCUAGUUACUGUAUACGUAUGAAAGAAUUGAUAUCAGAUAUUGUAGAGCAAUAUUAUUAUGCAGAAAUAAAAAUUAUGUUUUAUAUUAUAA